AUGUAUAAUAUUAAAGUCUAUUUGCACAUUCAUUGUAAUCAUAAGUUUGAAAACGAGACAGCGGGAAUGCUUGCCAUGGUGAACGAAAUAAAAGGCCUAUGUGACUGGAUAACAAAGAAUAAAUGGAUCUCAAUUCUUUUGACACUACUUGCAGCACUUCCAAUGUUCAUCCUCGCACUGCUCAAAAUACUUAAAAUUGGCCGUCAUGUUGAUCAUUUUCUGAUAGGAUUCGGUGUAAGUUUUCAUGAGUCAUUGUUACCCCAAGUUACCUGA